AUGGGAGGGACAUCUAUUGGAUCAGAGUCUCCGCGCCAGGAGACCGGACGAUUUUUUGAGGCAGAGAUACAUACCCGCGUAGUUCAUCACUUGCGUGUUACAGGCUUCCUUAGGAUUUUUGAGAUUGGGCGGCUGCAGCUCAACUGGUCUCUCAUCACGGCGUUGGUAGAGCAGUGGCGACCGAAAACGCACUCUUUUCACCUUCCCACUGAAGAGGUCAUCAUCACGCUUCAGGAUGUUCAAGUUUUAUAUGGGCUGCAUGUUGAUGGACUGGGUGUUGCACUGCCCCAGUAUAUGAGAGCUAUGAUGCGUGCCCAAUAUUUGGAUUUGCUGGGGCAGUAUACUGGUUUCAGGCCACAGGGUGAGGCUGCAGUUAGAGGGGGUAGUCGCAUUUCUGUGACAGCUACCAGAGAGUAUAUGGAGGUAUUGCACCCCGACAUUACCGGCGAGACAGAGGAUCUCCAUAUUCACCGGUACACUAGGUUGGCGUUGUUUCUUCUUUUUGGGGGUGUCUUGUUCCCGAACACUUCAGGAAAUCUAGUGAGUAUGUACUUUCUACAUCAUCUCCAGCAGCUAGAUGAGUUACCCCAGUACAACUGGGGUGUUGUUGUUCUCGCUUACCUGUACAGGAGUAUGUGUCGGGCUAGCAUGGGCACCCAGGUGGACACAUGUGGUUUUCUACCGCUUCUACAAGUGACAACAUAUCUGAAUACUCUGUUCAUUACUUCGAAUUCUAUAUAG